AUGAUCCAGGGGGCCUCAGAUCCUGAUGGCUCCAGCUGGGGCUGGGGCUGGGAUGGGGAUGGGGACGAUGACUGGGACAGUGCAGUGCUCACCCUGCUGGCGCUGGCUGUCGUGGCUGCCACAGCACUAGCCUUGCACUGGUUUGGCUCUGGGCAGGACCAGGAGGCAGCAGGACCCGCAUCCACAGGCCCCCGAGCCCAGCCUUCUCAGGCAGGAGGAGCUGGGCCAGCCCUGCCUCCAAAAGUCAAGGUCAGUGGUGGCGUCGAGGGACAUAACUCAGGGCUGAGGAAGUCAGGCCCUCCAGGACUCGGCCAAGGGAGUCCAGCUGCAGCAGGCGUCCGGGACCACCGCCUUCCGGGACGUGGAGGUCUGACCACCACAGCUGCACCUCCACUCAAGACACUUGGCGAGGUGGCCAGUGCGGAGGCCUCAGGACAGCAGCAUGGUAACUCUACCCCAGAAGUCCCCCGAAGUGAAGCAAAGGAGCACCUCAGCCCAGGUGCUGCCCUCCUGGGUAGGAGCAAAGUAGGGGGGGCGCCUGCCCCUCUCCUCAUACACUUCACUCCCCGGAGUCCAGACAUUGAAGUGGAGGCACAGGCGGAGGCAGGAGGUGACCAUGCCAAGGCACUGGCUCCCCAGGCCCCAGCCCACACAGUGGAACAGGACACCAGCUCCUGGAAACAAGGAGUGGGGCCGUCCCGCUCAGCGGGGAGAGGUUCAGGCAGUCAGCGGUGGCAAGCCGGUGACAGCUCAGGAGACAGAACCUGCCGCUCCCCAAAGCUGGACCCCCGACGCCUGGGCGCUGUGGUGAGUGUGUGGGAUGCGGUGGAUGCGGCCAGCAGCCUCUCUGCAGGUCCCCAGAGGCCCCCUCGUCCCCAGGAGCUGCCACCACCAGACUCUGUGCAGACUGGGCACCUGACAGACGGCUCGGAGAGGGGAUGCAAGAAAAGCGGCCCCCAACCAGCCCCAGUUUUAGCUCUGGAUUCAGGGGCCAAAACUGGUGAGAGCAGUGAGGCUGGGCCUGGGGCCCUCAGGGAGUUUCAGGGGUCCCCACCCUCAGUGGAAGGUUGGCCCUGGGCCAGGAGGGAGGUCCUUGUCACCAGGAGCUUCAACCAGACCUCAGGCUCCAUGGGCCCGUGGCCAGAGGAGCAGCAGUGGGGACACCCACUCUUGUCCCAAGGACAGGAGACGACAGUGGCCUCCAUCGUGGAAAAGGCUGAGGUCUCUGGAGACCACUCUUUCUUCAGCUCAGGGCCAGCCCCAGUCCCAGCUGCAACCCCAGCUCCAGCCCCAGCUACAUGCCAAGCCCCAGCCCCAGCUGCAACCUCUGCCCCCACUAGUAACUCAAUGCCUGCAUGUCAGGAGCUUUGUGUGGCUAUCUGCAAGGGCAACCAGGAGGGGCAGAUCUCAACGAGCUGGGGAAACCUUAUUUCAAUGGUUCUCAAGAGUCACCCCUUCCCCAGGCAAGAGAAGCCUCAAGGGAUGGCCCAAAGGGCAGCUCUGGAGAGCUCUGGAGAGCCUAGCACUCCUACAGACUUGGAGAAUAUGAAGUCUGGUUCUCCCUCUGAAAGGGCCACUCCGAGUCUCAAGGACAGGCAGGACUUCCCAGCUGAGAUGGUCACAGAGGCAGGCACAGGGGGCCUGGCUGAGGCUGGAUGUCAGCCACAGCAGAGAAGCUCCGAGAUGAACGAGGCUACAGUGCCCAAGGCCCCGUCGCAGCUGCCUGAAAAGAUGAAGCCUGGCCCUACGUCUUCCCCCACUGCCAAGGGAGACCCACAGCCUGUCCCCAGGCCACGGAAACGCAGCAUGUGCGAAAUAGAAACGGCAGAGAGCUCUGAGCGGGUCAGCCAGGCGGCCCCAGGACAGGGGCCAGGGGAGAGGCCCAGCCCUGUAAGCGGCAGGGGUGUCUUCACAGAGAAACAGAAAGAGGCCCACAAGCUCAUGGUGUUUCUGCAGAAGCCUGGGAGCUGGGGGGUGGUGGAGGGGCCCCGGAAGCCCAGCUCUCUGGCCCGGGAGGCUGCCUUGGCAGCAGCUCUGCAGCGGCGGGUGGACCUGGGCAGCUGCCUUGACGUACUAGCUUUUGCCCAGCGGCAUGGGAAGACCAGCCUGGCCCAAGAGACCUAUGCCUUGAUGAGUGACAAUCUGCUGCACGUGCUGGGGGACCCAAACCUUUACCGGCAGUUGAGUGGGACUGACCGAGAGCGCAUCCUGAACCUUCGGACUGGCAGGGGCCAGGCCGUGCUGGGGGUCCUCGUGCUGCCCAGCCUCUACCAGGUGGGCCGCUCAGGGCUCACAAGGGGCCCUCACAUGGAGGAGGCUCCUGCCGUGGGUCCUGCGCCCCUCCCUCCUCCAUCACAUCUGCACAUGUUCAACCCCCAGGAGAACACAUGGCGGCUCCUGACCCAGGUGCCGGAGGAGGUCCCGCUGCGGGGCUGUGGUCUGUGCACCAUGUACAACUACCUGUUUCUGGCGGGUGGCAUCCGUGGCUCUGGAGCCAAAGCUGUCUGUUCCAACGAAGUCUUUUGCUACAACCCAUUGACCAAUAUCUGGAGCCAGGUGCGGCCCAUGCAGCAGGCCCGGGCCCAGCUCAAACUGGUGGCCCUGGAUGGGCUGCUGUACGCCAUUGGGGGCGAGUGCUUGUACAGCAUGGAGUGCUAUGACCCCCGCACAGACACCUGGACCUCGCGUGCGCCCCUCCCUGCAGGCACCUUCCCUGUGGCACAUGAGGCUGUGGCCUGCCGUGGUGACAUCUACGUCACUGGGGGCCACCUCUUCUACCGCUUGCUCAGAUACAGCCCUGUGAAGGAUGCGUGGGACGAGUGCCCCUACAGUGCCAGCCACAGGCGUUCCAGCGACAUGGUGGCACUGGGGGGCUUCCUCUACCGCUUUGACCUGCUGCGUGGUGUGGGUGCUGCUGUGAUGCGCUACAACACGGUGACGGGCUCCUGGAGCCGAGCUGCCCCCCUGCCCCUGCCAGACCCCGUCCCGCUCCACUGCACUGUGCUGGGCAACACCAUCUACUGUCUCAACCACCAGGUCACUGCCACCUUCACAGUCUCCGAGGGGACUGCCCAGUUCCAGGCCAAGGAGCUGCAGCCCUUUCCCCUGGGGAGUAAAGGGGUCCUCUGUCCAUUCAUCCUGACUCUGCCCCCGGAGGACCCGCUGCAGACUGCCCUCUGA